CAGCGAAUGUCUUGUAGCGCAUCGUGGGGAAACCUCCGCCCGUCGCGUCCGAAAGAAGGCGUUGACAUCCUCUACCUGUCUGCAGUCAGCUGUAAGGCUCAACUCACUGCUUACCACUUUUGAAAGGUCCGUGCGCGAGAUUUAAACAAGAGGCCCAAGGAUAUAAAACGUAGGCAGCAAUUGAGCGGCCUCAGCCGCCUGCACAAAUGCAGACAGGCAGAAUCAUCGAUGCGCUAAGAAAUCUGGACGUAGCGUACCUGGCUCCCCAGGAGCGAAAACGUCGAUCCACGCAUCGAAACUCGCCCGUACUUGUCCUGAAUACGUCCAAGUAGUAACAGCCACAAAGCACUCCGCAUUUUUGUAAUGCUGCACAGAUGUACACAAACCGUGACGGCGGUGCUCGCCAAUGAUGCCUGCAUCACACAAGAGGAUCGGCACGUGUGUUAUGGUUGCGUAGGCGGGCGGGGUGUGCCGAUGUGCAUACCCGUCGUGCUUCGGCAUCCUUCUUUUUCUUCUCCUCGUCGGCUGCAGUGUCAUAAACAAACACACACAAAGAGAUAAGUCUGUGUUGAGCCGCCUUUGCCUAUAAGCACAUACCCUCUCUGGCCAAUUGUUGUUGCUGCUGAUGCUGGUCCUGCUCCUCCCUCUGCUUGCGCCUGGCCUCUGCAGAGAGAAUCAAUCCCAUGUGUGUGGGGAAAGAGGUGCGUCUUGUUAUUCUCUCACGUACCCCUCUCCUCCAGCUGCCGCAGCCACUCCCUCUCUCGCCGUCUCUCCUCUGCACACCAUCCAUCCAUCCAUCCAUCAUAAAGAAAACAAUCUGCAUGUGUAUGCAUCCCUCCUGACCCACCGGCCUCGUGCUGCACCUGCUGGACCUGAUUGACAGAUGACAGAUAGACAUACAUGGGGAGGGGCGUGUGUGCAGUCGAGUUGAUGAUACAUACCUGGAUGGCCGCCGGCUGGUGCUGGUCGUCCUGCUGCUCGUCGUCCUGCUCGUGCUGGUCGUGGGGGCUGCUGGUUGUCUUGGGGCGAGGGUCGAAUAUAUGGGUCACAGGAUAUAAAAUGUAGACGGCGAUUUUCUUCUGAGACCAUAUGAGCAAACAUAUACGACCGUCGACAGGAUGUUUGUGCACACAUUGGGGGCCUGUCUGGUCACUCAGCCACACGUACCUUGCUGCCCCUCCUCCUGCUCCUGCUGGCCCUCCAUCUGGGACUCGGCCUCCUGCUGCUCCUCGUCUGCAGACAGGCCAGACACCCAAUUUCAUUUGUGUAACAGCCGUCCGUAUCCGUCAGUGGGCCCACUGACCGCUGCCGCCGGCGAAGGGGAUUUCAUCGCCGUAGUUGCCCAAAAACCAGUUAGGGUGGCUGUGGACGGGGUGGGCGUAUUGCUGGUUGAAGCCCACCCACCAGAUGUCUGCAUCAAUCGGUACACACAGCCCAACACACAAGGGGUGUCUGCGUGCACAGUGAUGUGUCGCCCCCACACACACAGACAUACCCUCGGGCUCUUCGUCGGUCCCCUCCCGCUCGGCCAGCUCCACGGCUGCAGCACCAUAGACACAGUGAGCACAUCCAUCUCUGCCGUGUACGAUGAUCACUGAUUGAUUCCUCCUACCAGCUUGCAU